AUGUCUCGCGAUUCGAUGAAAAAAAUGACACGUUCAAAUAGUGACGAUGAUGUUCGUCUCCGUCCAAUGGCUACAUUAAUUCAUUCAAAACCAACAUCUCAUGGUGCCGGUGAAAUGAGUUUUGGUGCACGAGAUGAUGGUUCAUCGAUGUCAUCAUCAAAUGAAUAUGUUGCAUUAUCAUCAUAUCCAAAUACUUCAUCAGCUGCAGCAGGUACAACAAGAGGAUAUUUAUCGGAUCGACAACAUGUUACAGCAGUGUCAGAACAACAACCAACUAUUGCUCAUACAUAUGAAUUAUCAUUACCAAUAAAACUUCUUUCAGGAGAAGAUGAUGUAAAAUUAAGAGAAGAUAUAACUUAUCGUACAAAUAAUCGAUCGGUACCAUAUCGUGGUGAAUUAAUUGUAACAAAAUAUCGUUUAAUGUUUGUUACAAAAUCACCAGAUCCUAUUCAAGUACUUGUUGAUGUACCAUUAGGUAUGAUAAGUCAGAUAGAAAAAAUUGGUGGACAAACAAGAAGUAAUAUAAGUGAUGGUGCUGCAUAUGGAAUUGAAAUAAAUUGCAAAGAUUUACGUCAUUUCUUUUUUGGUAAUGCAAAAGAACAAAAUCAACGACGAAAUUUACUUGAUCAUUUAACACGUCUUGUUUUUCCAUUUUCCAUUAGUAAAGCAGAUAUUACAAAUCCUAUUCAAUUUUUUAAUUCAUUCUUUGCUAUGGAUUAUAAGAAAAAAAUUUGUUCAAAUACAAUUGAUGAUGGUUGGCUAUUGUAUAAUAAAAUGAAAGAUUAUACAAGAAUGGGUAUUCAACAAAAUUCUGAUCCACAUUGGACAAUAAAUGCUGAAAUAAAUAAAAAUUAUGCAUUAUGCGAUACAUAUCCAGAUAUAGUUGUUCUUCCGUCCAGUUUUGAUACAUCAAGAUUACAACGUGUUGCUGAUUUUCGUAGUCGAAAUCGUAUUCCAGUUCUUAGUUGGUAUUCUCGUGAAACUUAUGCAACUAUAACACGAUCAAGUCAACCAUUAACUGGUUUAGCUAAUCGAACAUGUGAUGAUGAUAUUGAAUUAUUACGUAAAAUAGCUGAUGCUAAUGUAAAUCAAGGUUUUAAAUUAGUUAUACUUGAUGCACGUCCAAAAGUUAAUGCAAUGGCAAAUAUGGCAAAUGGUGGUGGUUAUGAAGAUUAUCCAAAUUGUGAACUUGAAUUUCAUAAUAUACAAAAUAUUCAUGUUAUGAGAGAAAGCUUAAGAAAAUUACAUGCUGCUGUACGUAAUGCAGCACAUGAAGAUAAAACAUGGUUUAGUGAUUUAGAAAAUUCUAAUUGGUUAUUUCAUAUUCGAGCUAUUUUAACAGCUGCUAUUCGAUUAGUAUCAUUAGUUCAUAAUGAAAAACGUUCAGUAUUAGUUCAUUGUUCAGAUGGAUGGGAUCGAACAGCACAAUUAACUUCAUUAGCAAUGUUAAUGCUUGAUGCACAUUAUAGAACAUUAAAUGGUUAUAUGAUUUUAAUAGAAAAAGAAUGGAUUAGUUUUGGUCAUAAAUUUUUUUUACGUAUUGGUCAUGGAGAUAAAAGUGAUUCAGAACGAUCACCAGUUUUUCUUCAAUUUCUUGAUUGUACAUUUCAAUUAUUACAACAGUUUCCAUCUGCAUUUGAAUUUAAUGAAAAAUUAUUAAUAACAAUAGCUGAUAAUCUAUAUUCAUGUCAAUAUGGUACAUUUUUACUUAAUUCUGAUAAAUUACGUACUGAUAUGAAAGUAUCUGAAUAUACAAUGUCAGCAUGGACACCUAUAUUACGUGAACGUUCAUUAUAUUUAAAUCCAUUUUAUACAGACAAAUCUGAUAAAGUUUUAAUACCAAAUAAUUCAUCACGUCAUAUUAAAUUAUGGAAAAAUUAUUAUUGUCGUUAUAUGCCUGGUUAUCGUUCGACAUUGGUAAAAAUAC